CUCGCACGAGAAUUUCCGCCAUUUGUCUAGUUCAGCUGGGAUUCUUAUUCUUCGUCUCCAAAUAAUAACAAACUUUCUUUCUUGAGGAAUUUCAGGCCAGUUUCUGGCCUAAAGCGUAAUGCAUGCCUCUCUCAAGCGCAAGCAAGCGUGCUCUUACAGAUCAAAACAAGGGUGAAGACGCUUCCAAUCAUAAACGACGCCGAGUUAGUCACGAAAAUAGCUCUCCUCCAAACAAGAAAUUAGAGGACAGUUCGCAAUCAACAAUGACGGAUUCGCAAAGAAGACCGAACUUCUCGGCCCUCACAAGUCCCAGCAAUGGGAUUGCUAGACACGCAUCUCCGCUUGCAAAUAAUAAACCCGGGGCUGCAAAGAAGUUGGUCAUCAAGAAUUUCAAAGAAAAACCAAAGAUGCCCGAGAACUUUCAACAGGAGACUUGGAAGAAACUUGGUGAGGCUGUAGAUGCUAUCCACAAGAGCUGCUCCAUCCGCUACAGCCUUGAGGAGCUGUAUCAGGCUGUGGAGAAUAUGUGUUCCUACAAGAUGUCAGCCAGCCUGUAUGACCAGCUCAAACACAUCUGUGAAGAUCACGUCAAGGCCAACCUGAACCAGUUCUUGGGAGACACACUGGAUUAUGAACAGUUUCUUAAGCUGAUAGACAAUUGUUGGCAAAACCACUGUCGACAAAUGAUAAUGAUUCGCAGUAUAUUCCUGUUCCUGGAUAGGACAUAUGUACUUCAGAAUUCUGCAAUUCUUUCAAUAUGGGAUAUGGGUCUUGAUCUCUUCCGCGCCAACAUUAUCAGCCACAAGACAGUGGAGGCACGGACCGUUGACGGCUUGUUGAAGCUGAUCGGAAGGGAACGCAAUGGCGAGGCAGUUAACCGACAGUUGCUGAAAAGUCUCCUCAGGAUGUUGUCAGAUUUGCAGAUCUACCAUGAUUCCUUUGAAAAGAAAUUCCUGGACGCCACAGAACAGCUGUACGCAGCAGAGGGGCAGCAGCUGAUGCAGGAGAGAGAUGUGCCUGAAUAUCUUGCCCAUGUGGACAAACGUCUCAAUGAAGAAAACGAAAGACUCCUUCACUAUUUGGACCAGUCAACAAAGAAGGCUUUGGUGAUGUGUGUGGAGAGACAGCUGCUGGAACAGCAUCUACACCAGAUACUGCAGAAAGGUUUAGAUCAGCUUCUAGACGCCAACAGGAUACCAGACUUGACUCUGCUGUACCAGCUUUUCAACCGGUUCCGGGAUGGUCUGCGACAACUGUUCGUGUCGUUUGGACUCUAUAUCAAGAACACUGGGCGAGUGAUAGUUGUCAACCAGGAGAACGAUGCAGACAAAGACAAAGACAUGGUACAGAGCUUGUUAGAUUUCAAGGAUAAGAUUGACAACAUAAUCAGCACAUGUUUUGGUCGUAAUGACAAAUUUAUCAAUGCAAUGAAGGAUAGCUUUGAAAACUUCAUCAACCAAAGACAAAACAAGCCAGCCGAACUUAUAGCAAAAUAUGUGGACUCGAAGUUAAGAGCAGGAAACAAGGAAGCAACUGAGGAAGAGUUGGAAAGACUUCUAGACAAGAUCAUGGUGCUCUUUAGGUUCAUUCAUGGGAAGGAUGUGUUUGAAGCUUUCUACAAGAAAGACCUAGCAAAGCGUCUUUUAGUUGGAAAAAGUGCAUCAGUAGAUGCAGAGAAGUCCAUGUUGUCAAAACUUAAACAAGAGUGUGGUGCAGCCUUCACCGGGAAGCUGGAAGGAAUGUUUAAGGACAUGGAGCUGUCAAAAGAAUUGACACUUGCCUUUAAACAAUUCAUGCAGAACCAGGACGCCCCUGGUGGAAUCGAUCUGACGGUGAAUAUCCUCACCAUGGGCCACUGGCCUACAUAUCAACCCAUGGAGGUCCACCUACCCUCAGAGAUGAUUCAGUUCCAAGAAGUGUUCAAAAGAUUUUACCUCGGGAAGCACAGCGGUCGUAAACUGCAGUGGCAGCCUACCUUAGGGCAUUGUGUUCUCAAGGCCACAUUUGCUGGGGUGAAGAAAGAGCUCCAGGUGUCCCUCUUCCAGUCUCUGUGUCUUCUACUGUUCAAUGAAGGUGAUGACUACACGUACAGCGAAAUCAAGACAGCCACAGCCAUCACGGACAGUGAGUUGCGUCGCACUCUGCAGUCUCUGGCUUGUGGCAAGGCAAGAGUUCUUAUCAAGAUCCCAAAGGGGAAGGAAGUGGAAGAUGACGACAAGUUUUCUUUCUGCAAUGACUUUAAACACAAGCUGUACAGAAUCAAGAUUAACCAGAUUCAGAUGAAGGAAACGCAAGAGGAAAACACCAGCACAACAGAACGAGUGUUCCAGGAUCGGCAGUACCAAGUUGAUGCCGCCAUCGUCCGCAUCAUGAAGACCCGCAAAACACUCAGUCACAAUCUCCUCAUGGCGGAGCUCUACAACCAGCUCAAAUUUCCAGUCAAGUCAACUGACCUGAAGAAAAGAAUCGAGAGCCUUAUUGACCGUGACUACAUGGAGCGAGACAAGGACAACCCUACCAACUACCAUUACAUGGCCUAAAACCUCCAGCUGUUCCGCAGUUCCACUGACCUGCAUCAGUGCUACCGAGUCUUGUGCUAGGGGAUUCGUCCCCAUACAUCAAUAUGAAUGAAUAUGUGUGUUUAUGUAGAUCAUUUCAGACAGUGCUUAUAUAUAUGCAGGUUACUGUUUGCAGACAAUAUCACAAGUUGUCAAGGGCAACAGAUGAGGCAUCGUGUUUUAAGAAAAUCAUCUUGGUGCCUUUGCACAAAACAACCUUAACGCUAAGACACUCUGAAGUGUAUGUUAAGGUACACUAGUUAAGAUCACCUUAGCAAAAAGUUGUUUUGUACAAGGGCACCUUGUUGUUCACCAUUGUGGUGAAAUCAUUGUUCAAAGUAGAUCUGUUUCAUUGUGAGAUGUGGCGUUGGUAUAUAUUUACAGUACAAACUACAAACUUUACCCUGCAUAUAUAUGUUGCGUGUAUGUGGAGGUGAUCUAUAUUAAACCAGGUCAACCAGCAGACCAAAAGGCAUGACUGUGAUUUGCCAAGGGAGAUAACCGGGACGGGAUGCGUGAUCUUUCCCGUGUACGCGAGGCAGACUUCUGUGUACUAUUAUGUUUUGUGUACUUUGGUUUGAAAUAUUUACAAGUAUGGGUGAAGAUUAUGAAGCUGUAAAUAAAUUAAAAAUGCUUUGUACUACCGCAAAUGUGUAUUUUUGGAUUUGAAACAGACAGGAUUUCUGUGACUGUGUUUAUUUUCUUGUGACGAGUGACCGUGAAGGGUGUGAAAGUCUGUAUUUAACUAUUUGUGAUGAAGGAAAGCAUUAUGAAUUUCUACAUUUGCAGGCUGCUUCUAAGAAAUUGUCCAUUUCCAUCAGUAACAUAAGUACACUAGUUUUAGCCCAUAAUUUUAAUAUCAACUUCAGCAAUCCUGUCAUCUCAAAUACUACUUCCAUACACUGCUUGUACAGAACCCCAUUCACAGGGUUCUGUGUUACGUUGAACUGAGAGAAAUAAUAUUUUGUGCAGUGAGAGCUGCCAGGCUUAAACAUAUCUCUCUAUUUUUCGCUCCUUGAUAAAAAAUUGUUUGUCACCGUGUUUGUGUGACAAAAAAUUCAUAACUCAUUAAGCGGAAUUAGUGUUUAUAUGCUGUUUCUUAGACAGAUACUUAAGUCCUAUGACUAGAGACAUGUUCCUGGAAUCUGAAGCAUCCUUGGACAGUUCUGUCGAUUUUAUGACCACAUGUUUCGGAUAUCAGUCACAUUUUAUUUAGUGUGUUCCUACAGGAUUAUCUGCUCUUGUCCUUGAAGAUUUCACAGAGGGAUGGAAUUUUUUGACAGUGACAAGUAUUAGCUUGUUUGAGUUUAGGGCGCCAACCACCUUUUAUUCUCAAGGGUCUUGGAUUAUGUUUUUAAAAUAUAUAUUAUAAAAUAUCCUCAGGUCUUGCAGAAGAAAAUAAAUUUCUGGACUGGAUUUGUCCUGAAAUAUUUUUGCAGCUAUCAUCUAAGAACAGUCUCCAAAAAUCCCAGUCCCUUGAGAAUAUUAAUUUGUGGAACGCUUAUUGUGAAGGUCAAGUUCACUUAGUGACUGAAAUCACGUCUGUCAUGUGUUGCUACAAUAAUCUGUGAAGACGUGGAAUUAAAACUUGAUUUGAUCCAUAAUUAAGAGUGAAUAUGUAACAUACGUUUAUCAAGAGUGUUUGUUAUAAAGCCAAAACAGAAUAUCAGCAAACCAGAAAUAGAUGGGACUCUCAAUUGGAACUGCUUCUCCGGGAAUCCUCACUCCAGCUUGAUGUAUUGUAAAUAAGCUAUCAGAAUAUGGACAAGGCAUGAUGAAAUGACGGGAGUUCUUCAAUCCUUUGUGAAGACAAGGGCAGGUAACUCUGCUCAUCAACCCCACCCAGGUUCUGUGUAAAUAUUUGAUGUAGUAUGAAAUGAGAAUGUUUAGUGAUGGAUGGAUGAGGAUUUAGCACAUCAUAUGUAAGUGCUGUGUGAGAGAUGUGUAGGUUGUGUGUAAGAAUGAUAGUUCAACUUUUUCAAAACAUUUGGUUGUCUUAGGCACAAAAAUCCUUCUGUUCACAAGGCUGAAUCUUCUCAGGGUUCUGGGUUUGGGAGGUGAAAAUAAAAAAUUAAAAAAUAUCAUAAGGUGGAAUAAUUAUUAAAUAUUUUUAUAAAGGGCUAUAGGGUAAAAUGUCAGCAAAAUUAAAAUGGCUUCUGGGAGUUAGGGGUUUAGGAGCCAGUGGUCUUGGUGUCAGUUAAGUUUGCAGAGUUACGUCCCUUUACAGGAUCUGCUGCUUGUUAGUUUGAAUCCAAGACUCCCACAUGUUUGACCCUUGGUUGCCAACAGCAGACCCUCCCCAAAGUGGUAAAUGCUUUUGAGCUGAGACUCCUUGUUCCUGCUGACACAAGCCCCAACUACGUGAUAUGACUGAAAUACUCACUUAACGCAGUCACAUCUUCCCAUCAACCUUGUGUCAAAUAGAUCUUGGUUGUCUUGACUAAUGAGGUAUGCACUUUGCAUCCUCAGCUUUCAUCCUCCUACCAGAUUUGCUGCCAUAGUUUUGUAUUUUCCAAUUCAGAUGGCACAAUGCUGAGAAGACAAAUGCAAACUUGGAGCUGUUAUUAGCAAAACGGAUUGUGUUAAAAUCUGAUACAGAAAUGAAGUUACUUCAGAAACCAAAUUUGGUUGCAAAUAAAUCCAAGGUAUUUGUUGUGAUACAGUUUGACUUAAUUUACUCUGAUAAAUCGGGCAUGAUUGUUUUUGGCAUUCUCAUUUGAGAAUAGGUUACUUCGUGAUAGAUCAUAUAGGCAAGAUUAUACAAUAUAAUGUGAUAACAUUGACCAGCACAAACAUGUAAUAGGACUAUUAUGUCAGUAGAAAGAUGAACCUCAGCCCAAACCCUGUGAUGAUCUUGUCCAUUAUUUCUAAAACAAUUUCAUUAUUGUUUUUCCUGUAAGUUGUGUACGGACAAGCAGCACGACUUGUCAACCUGAGACUUGUACAGUCCCACUGCAUUAUUUAUAAAUAAAUAAUGUUUCUUUA